CUUAUUUUUCAGUCUUACUUGCUUUCAUUUUCUUUUUCCUUGAAACGGGUUUUCAUCUUUGGAACCGCUUUUUCAAAUUGAACCGGAAUUGCAAGUUAAUUACCGCUCAUAGUCAAGUGAAAUCGUAUCGUACACGCGACAGGAUCCAUUGACAUUUGAACUUAUUAAACAUUGCUAAGCAAAUUGAAUCAAUCAAAAUGCAUUCAAGUCAAUCCAACUCUUUUAAACGCUUACAACAAGAGUCGAAAAAGCAUCAACUGAAAGUUAAAAAAUUACGACACCCUGAAGAAAAAAAAAAGCUUUGCAAGCUUCUUGUGUUUUAUGGCUCGAAGAAGAAGUCUGCAAGGGCGUUGCGAAGGGCUUCGAAACCUGAGUUUCAGUAUCUUCCUCGUCGUACCAUUUUAAAGAUGGAAGAACAGUUACUUACAGAAACCAUCAAAGCGCGUGCAUUGACUGUCAUGAUCUUUUGUCUUAUUUCGGGACAAGUUUUGACAAAUCUCUUUUAAACUCUUUCUUCCUUGACCAGCUACUUGAAACUAAAUCCUGACACACAUCAAACGUGUAUAUUAUUGUAUGAAACAACGAUUUAUCCUUUUGUUUGUCUUCCUCAUAAGAGCAAAAAAAGCAAUAAAUAUCCAUAUUC